CUUUGCAAUUAGGGUUCCACAUGUAUAUAGGGAACCGAACUUCCAAAAAACCCUAGCCAUUUCCUGCCGCUGAGAGAGAGGAGGGGCGCUCUCCAGCUGAGACUCGGAAGCAAUGAAGCACAACAACGUGAUUCCCAAUGGUCACUUCAAGAAGCACUGGCAGAACUAUGUGAAAACAUGGUUCAACCAGCCUGCCAGGAAAACCCGGAGGAGGAUCGCGAGACAGGAAAAGGCGGUGAAGAUCUUCCCCCGUCCCACUGCCGGACCGCUUCGUCCUGUUGUGCACGGACAAACUCUCAAGUACAACAUGAAAGUCAGAGCUGGUAGAGGAUUCACCCUUGAAGAGCUCAAGGCUGCCGGUAUCCCGAAGAAGUUGGCUCCAACAAUCGGUAUUGCAGUUGAUCACCGUCGUAAGAACCGUUCCUUGGAGGGUCUCCAGACAAAUGUCCAAAGGUUGAAAACCUACAAGGCCAAGUUGGUCAUAUUCCCGCGUCGUGCCCGUAAAGUCAAGGCUGGUGAUUCUGCAGCCGAGGAGCUUGCAAACGCCACCCAAGUCCAAGGAGAUCACAUGCUGAUCGCGAGGGAGAAGCCAGCGGUCGAUCUUGUGAAGAUUACCCAGGACUUGAAAUCGUUCAAGGCCUACGGCAAGAUUCGUCUGGAACGGACAAACGAACGCCAUGUCGGGGCCCGAGCCAAGAGAGCGGCCGAGGCCGAGAAAGAAGAGAAGAAGUAAAAAGAUUCACGCUUUAGGUCAAAUCUUGAACCAUUCAGCGUUGUCUUAUCUGAAUUUUUUGUGUCGGACUGCGUUUUCUGUGCUGUUUCAUCCUUAGUUUCGAUUUUGCUGGUACUGGAUUCGUAUUAUGAAAUUGUGUGCCCUUUUCUUCCCCUUUUUUUAAUUGUUAUGAUAGUUUAUUCAA